AUGUCCGAACUAGCUUCGACCCCCUGCAGUUCCAAGAGCACACGACGCACCACCAAUGGUGUUGAUAGGGUCAGCAGCCUUCCCGACGAGCUGCUCCACCACAUGAUGUCCUUCCUGCCCAUGCCGGAGGUCGUGCGCACAAGUCUGCUCUCGACGAGGUGGCGCAAUCUCUGGGCCUCUACGCCAUACAUCCGCAUCGACCACCAUGACUUUAAGGAUUACGGCAAGCUGAAGAAGUUCGGGGACCACCUGCUACUCUUGCGGGACGGUGCUACUUCCUUGGAUGAAGCCCGGAUCCUUGCCAACAAUGUUGAUACUUUCACGUGUUGUGAGUGGGUUCGUCAUGCCAUCAUGCAAAAAGCUCGUCACCUUCAUGUUUCUGGAUAUGCCCUUUUGGAUAGCACAGCCAUGUUUCCUGCUCAGCACCUCAAAACAAUCAGGCUCCGAUCUCUCGUCUUGAGAGGGGGGUUCGUUAGGCUGCUGAACUGCGAGUGCCCAGUUCUUGAACAUUUAGAGAUAGAGCAGAGCGAUUUGUGGGACCUGAAGGAGAUCUCAUCGUGGUCACUCAAGGUUCUUCAUCUCAUUCGCUGCCUUAUCAUCAAGGGUCUCGUAAUUUGUGCUAGCAACCUUACUCAUCUCUCUAUCGAUGAACAAUCAUGUCAUUCGGGCGCUGUAGUAACUAGGGAUCUGUCUUCUCUAGUAACAGCUUCGAUUAGACUGAGGUAUGACUACUAUCAUACUUCAGGCGGCUCAAUACUGGAUUAUCGUCUACUUGAUGGACUCUCAAAUGCCACAACCUUGGAGUUGCAUGCGCCCUUACCUGAGCUCACAUUUGAGAGAGAUUUGCUGACAUGCCUGGUGUUUAGCAACCUGACAAGUCUGGUGCUGGGUGAUUGGUGCAUGGCUGCUGACUUGUACCCGCUGCGUCGCAUUCUACAUCGCUCCCCCAAGCUGAAGGAGCUAAGUAUAAAGCUUGAAAUGGAGGAAUGUAGGAGCUGUAAGAAAUCCGAAUCUGCUUUGCCGCUAGCAAGGGGAGCACUGCCGUCGGGCUCAGGAAGCAGCCACCCUUUCAUCGAGACGAUCAUUAUCCACUGCCAGAAGAAAGAUUCCAGGGGCGAUGCUUUGCUGCAGGCGUUGAAACUGAUUGCCGGCAAUGCGAAAAUCAGCAUCGAACGUCGCUGA